AUGUCGCAUCCCGUUUCGGCUCUGGCGAAUGGUGGCAUUGGAAACGGCAUCAUGGAUGGCUCCGGGACCAUCAACCCCGCCGCGCUGAACUCGUCUGGAGUCCUCGCCGGCGCACCUCCGCCAACUGCACCCCAAGCCAGCCCUCGCGGCGUCAAGCGCAGCCGGUCGCCAGACACGUACGAUGUGGCCGGAAGUGAACGGGGAGAUGAAGAUGAGUCGAAACCGCGAAAGCGCGGUAGGCCGCCAAAGACAAAGGUGUCCGAAAGCCCGCACUCAUCAACACAGCCGCCUCAAACGCCGUCCCAAACGACGCCCGCCCCUGUGCAAACACCACAGUUGAAAAGUACCCCGCUCCCGCAAGCAUCGCCACCGCAACUGUCGCCGACCAAGUCAACCCCGACGAAGGGCACCGUGAUCAAGGCACUGCCGACGGUCCGAGACCACACCACAGACCAAUUGAACGCCGAAGGAGACGAGUAUAUUCCGCGCGAGUUUGACGAGCAGGGCGAAAAGAAGGUUACUGGGACUGGGAGUCCUCUAGACGGCCGUGAGUAUCGGUGUCGGACAUUCUUGGUUCCGAACAGAGGCAAAAAACUGUUUAUGCUCGCGACCGAGUGCGCGCGUGUCCUAGGCUACCGAGAUUCAUAUCUGCUCUUCAACAAGAACAGAUCACUACACAAGAUUAUUGCCACGCAGGCAGAGAAGGACGACUUGAUACAUCAGGAGAUUCUUCCGUACUCUUACAGAUCGCGACAGAUUGCUAUUGUGACCGCGAGGUCUAUGUUCCGGCAAUUCGGAAGCAGGCUUAUCGUUAACGGAAGGCGUGUACGCGACGACUACUGGGAGAGCAAGGCUAGGAAGCAAGGCUUCACCGAAGAGGACGCGGCUGGAGAGAAACGACCAGGAGCCGCCAAGGCAAGAGAGGCAGCAGCAGCUGAGGCCACUCACGCGAACCACUCUCUCACUUCACUUCCUCACGGUGAAAUCAUCUAUAGCAACGGCCCAACCGACCUCAACCACGCUAUCGGAGGAAUCAACCCGGCAACUCUGGCUCCUCUUCCGAUGAUCACCAUGGCUCUAACGGACGAUCUUCGUCCGCGAGACUACGGAAAUGUGCAACGUCCGCGACACGAGCUAUCUGGAGCUGCCUAUCAGGAUCACUCGCGGCCGAGCACUUCAACUGAGAUAUUGAACCAAGCAGCGCAAACUGCCGAGUUCAACAAGCAGCUAGGAGCCCAACGCUCAAAUCGCGAACGAUAUCUGAAUGACUACUGGAAGCGACCGCACGAGGCUCCCAUCGACUCACCUCAUCGCCAAGGCACGGUGGAUGGCGACGGCAUUCCCCAAGUGUCGCAAGCAGUCGCUUCUCCACACAUGUCGUCCAGUGUCACGGCCGUCGGUGCCGGGCAGCACAACAUGGUUGCUCACACACCACAAAGCCAGUCACAGAUGAUGACACCACAAUCCUACUCUCAACAACCACAUCCACAGAACCCGAUGGUGCAAUCUCCGAUCCGUGCAAUGCAUCAGCCGCUAAGGCCAGACCAAAUGCACCAUCGUUCUCCCAGCAUUGGAAUGGGCCCUGGUGCUCACAGCCAGCCAGGCUACGGAUACUCGCAAGGUCAGAUGUGGCCUCCCGGACAACCUCAACCAUCGCCGCUGUCGCAACACCACAACAUGCAGCAAUAUGCACAGCAGCCGCCGCAUCCCCAGCAAUCGCCACUACACGCUCCGCCUCAGCUCCAUCACUCACAGAGCAGUGGCUCUAUGCAUGGCACACCGAUGCAGCAAUACGCCACAAUGGGGCAAAUGGGCGGUCAAGGCUACCCGAUGGGCCGGAAUCCAUACAAUCCAAGUCCCAGCCCGCAGCAGUUCAUGCAUCAGAGCACGGCAGCGCAACAGCCUGGCAUGCAAGGGUGGGCGCCUGGUCCUCCUGGGCAGCAAGGAUGGCAGACCUUUUGA